UGGGCGGCUAGUAGUGGAUCUUUGCCCACAGUAUGUCAAAGAGAUACCCAAUCAUAUAAACCCCAAAAACCAUCACUUUCUCUCUCACACAUUUACAAUUACCACUUCGUGUUCUCCGCUUCCUUCCCAAAAUCAAUUCCAGAAUCAUCUCUGUCAACACUAGGCAACCAUGUCAACUGUGAAUGUUUCUCCCAGUUGCAUGUUUCAAACUGCAAACCGAAAUCUAUCCACUGUUGCUACCGCAGUAAAGUGCCCUAUCUCUUUUGGGUCUGUGAAGAGUGUUUCCAGAUCUUUUGGCUUGAAGUCAUCCACUCCGUCUAGAGUCACUGCCAUGGCUUCUUACAAGAUUAAGCUGGUUGGCCCAGAUGGAAAAGAGAACGAGUUUGAAGCCGAGGAUGAUGUUUACAUCUUGGAUGCAGCAGAGAAUGCCGGAGUCGAACUUCCUUAUUCGUGCCGUGCUGGAGCCUGCUCUACCUGUGCUGGGAAGAUUGUUACUGGUUCAGUGGAUCAGUCUGAUGGCUCAUUCCUGGAUGACAAUCAGCUGAAGGAUGGCUUUGUGCUCACCUGCGUCUCCUAUCCAACUGCAGACUGUGUAAUUGAAACUCACAAGGAAGGAGAACUCUACUGAGAAAUGCUGGCUUUAAAGUUAAAACUGAUGCUGGAGGAAUUUGGGAAGUUAAAAGUAGACUUUGCAAGUAGUUUGCUUAUUCUUCUUUAGAAUUAGUCUUUUCUUCUGGGAUUAUUAAUUAUUUGGAAUGGUGAAUUUGUUUAUGGGAGCUGAGCAUUGUGGUAUUGAGAAGCACCUUUGAUUGGCUUUUAAAUGUGAUGAGUGCUGUUUCGUA